AUGGGGAGUAUCGUUGAGCCAUGGGCAAUCGCGGAGAGCGGAAACGCAAACGCAAACGCGACCGCCAAGGGUUUGAGCAGAGAGCUGCGACAUGGGAGAACGGCGCACAACAUGUCGUCAUCGUCUCUUAGGAAGAAAUCAGACCUGAGACUGAUUCAGAAGGUCCCAUGCAAAACUCUCAAGAACAUUCUCUCAAAUCUCCAAGAAGUCAUUCUUGGUACUAAGCUCACUGUCCUCUUUCUCGCCAUUCCUCUCGCCAUAAUCGCCAAGUCUUACCACUACGGUCGCCCGUUGAUAUUUGGACUGAGCUUGAUAGGGCUGACACCUCUAGCUGAGCGAGUUAGCUUUUUGACAGAGCAACUAGCUUUCUACACGGGUCCAACAGUGGGCGGUUUGUUGAACGCGACUUGUGGAAACGCGACGGAGCUGAUAAUCGCGAUACUAGCGUUGGCUAAUAACAAAGUAGCAGUGGUGAAAUACUCUCUGUUGGGUUCAAUUCUCUCAAACCUUCUCUUGGUUCUCGGCUCCUCCCUCUUCUGUGGUGGUAUCGCCAAUAUUCGCCGUGAGCAGCGGUUCGACCGGAAACAAGCGGAUGUGAACUUCUUCUUGCUGCUUAUGGGUUUGCUGUGUCAUUUGCUGCCAUUGUUGUUAAAAUAUGCAGCAACUGGAGAAGCAUCAACCUCUCUGAUUAACAAAAUGUCGCUUAGUCUUUCACGGACAAGCAGCAUCGUUAUGCUUAUCGCUUACAUUGCUUAUCUCAUCUUCCAGCUUUGGACUCACCGCCAAUUGUUUGAAGCACAAGAGGACGAUUAUGAUGAUGCGUAUGAUGAUGAGGUGACUGUUGAAGAAACUCCGGUGAUAGGAUUUUGGAGCGGAUUUGCUUGGCUUGUUGGGAUGACACUCGUCAUCGCAUUGCUAUCAGAGUAUGUUGUAGCCACGAUCGAGGAUGCAUCGGACUCAUGGGGAUUAUCAGUGAGUUUCAUAAGCAUCAUAUUGCUUCCUAUUGUUGGAAAUGCGGCUGAGCACGCUGGUGCCAUCAUUUUCGCAUUCAAGAACAAGCUCGACAUAUCUCUAGGGGUCGCGUUGGGCUCUGCAACUCAGAUAUCUUUGUUCGUGGUUCCACUGAGUGUUAUCGUUGCGUGGAUUAUGGGAAUCAAAAUGGAUCUCAACUUUAACAUUCUUGAAACAAGCUCUCUAGCUUUGGCCAUUAUCAUCACAGCCUUCACUUUACAGGAUGGAACUUCUCAUUACAUGAAGGGAUUGGUUCUAUUGUUGUGCUAUGUCAUCAUUGCCGCCUGUUUCUUCGUCGACCAAAUUCCUCAGAAUGGUGCUAUCGUGGGAGUUCAACACAGGAACAUUGCAGGAGGAGGAUUUUUCUCAACUUAAAAUGGAGAACAAAUUAUCAUCAAAUGACUUUUUGUAAGAAAAACAACAACAAAAAUGGCAGAAAUUAGCAAAUAUGAUUUGAUUGAAUCACCAUCCAAAAACGGAGAGAGAGAGAGACUUGUUAGAGAGAUUCCUCAGUAUGAAAUAGGGAGGGAACUUGAUGAAGACAGGUUUUUGAUGUUUUAAGUAAGUUACAUUUCUUUCUUUCUUUCUUUUGUUUGUUGGCAUUUUAUGUUGUAUAUUUUAUAUAUAUGUUCUUUUAGUGAGUGAUAUGAAUAAAGGCUAUUUUCUCA